GUCACGUGUCCCUCCCUCCACUAGAGGUCGGAAACCCGGGGAUCCGGGAGCAAGUUGAUCGAAGACCGAGGCCACCCCGGAGCUGGGUCAGGUGGUGUCCGUUGAGAUCCCCAGGGACAGACCAGCUAUGGAGUCUUCCAGCCCGGAGUCGGACAAUAGCUGGGUGAUUGCUGGCUCCGAGGGCUGUUUGCCUGUAGAGACGCUGGGUCCAGAACCUGAGACAGCCCCACAGGUCUCAGCAGAUGACCAUCCACGAACCUUGGAUGGAGAGGCACCUACUGUUCACAAGAACUCCCCUGACCAGCCUGGUACCUGCCCGCUAGAGGAGACGGACAUCAAGGUUUCCCUGGAAAGCAACGGCAAGAGCUUGGACCCACCAAGUCCAAUUGAAGAGCAAACCAAGGUCGAGCAGCCAGCGGACACAGAAGGGGCAGAGGUGGAAUCGGGCAUCCUGGAUCACAGGGAGCCAAGCCCUCCAAAGAACAGCCCUCGGUCCUUAAAGCAGGUUGGCGAGGAAUUCAGCUCAAGCAGUGAAGAUGACCUCGAUGUGGAGGGCCUGAGGAGACGCCGGGGCCGGGAGUCUAGCCCACUCCGUUCCCCAGCCUCCUUGGGUGUACACGAUCAGGCCAGCGGUGAAGGAGGAAGUGGGGAGCUCAGGCUCACCCUGAACACUUGUCUCCUCGGAGCUCUGGUCCUUGUAGGGCUUGGCUUCCUCUUCUUCUCUGGGCCAGCGGAGAACGUGGAGCCACAAGUGACCCCAGAGUCUGAGUCUCAGGACAUUGAGGACAUCCAGGAUGGACUGAGGCAGCAGCAACAGUCCUAUUCCCCGCCUGGAAGUCUCCCGAGCCUCCAGUCCAUGAGCCUUCUGCUGGACAAGCUGGCCAAGGAGAACCAAGACAUCCGGCUCCUUCAGGCCCAGUUGCAGGCUCAGAAGGAAGAACUCCAGAACUUGCUACACAGACACCCAGGGCUGGAGGAGGAGAAUGAGAGGCUCCGGGGGGCCCUGCAGCAGCGAGAAGCCUCCCAGCAGCUGCUGGAAUCUGAGAUGCAGGAGCUGCGGAGCCGCCUGGGGGAGCUAGAGGAGACUUACUCAAGGGGGGUGGAUGGGACCUGCAACAGCCAGAAAGCAGGGAAGACCCCACAGGAGGCAGCUCCUGGGCUGGCAGAGCCCCGGGGUUUCCUGGAGCAGAAGGAGCGGCUGGAGGCCGAGGCCCAGAUCCUGCGCAGGGAGCUGGAGAAGCAGAGAGUGCUGCUGAGCUCGGUGCAGAGGGAUCUGGAGAGGAGCCUUCACCAGUCAGGGUUGGGGGACAGGGACCGAGCAGGUCUGGCUGAGUUGGGUCGAAAGCUGGCUGAGGAGCUUCAGGGAGCAGAGAGCGGGGACCCCAGGAAAGGCCAGGCUGCCAGGGCUCUGGCCAACACAUCCGAGGCCUGGGGCCAAGGAGAGGCCCACUUCAUGAGCCCCAGGGAGCUUAGUCAGAAGGAGAAAUGGAAGGACAGGCAAGGGGACCGCAAGGCAGAGAAAUGGAAGCGCAAGAAGGAGGAAUCUGUUGGGGAGGGGAAGAAGAGCUUCAGGGGCAAAGGAGAUGGGGAGUCAGUAGAGAGGUGGAAGGCCGAGAAGCUAGGCACGGCAGAACUGGGGGGCAAGGACGGCAGGGAAUGGAAAGGUAUAAAGGAGCAUCCCAAGAAGAGCUGGGGAGGCACAAGAGGGAGUGAGGGGCCCCACCCAUCCUGGGAGGGGCAGAAGCACCCAGCACAGAGGGAAGGGACCAAGGGGAGUGGCCCUGGCCGUUAUGAUCCCCAGCUGGCCUGGAAGAAGGUGCUGGACCGAAAGUACCGGGUGCCUCAGGGCUGCUCGGGUGUAACUGAGUGUGCGCGCCAGGAGGGGCUGUCCAUGUUUGGUGUGGAGUUGCUACCGGUUCGGAAGCAGGAGCUGGUGUCUCUGCUGCAGAAAUACUUGGCUCGGCUGCCCUGGGGCCAGCGGCUUCCUGAACCGCUGUCCUUUCUGUCCUCCUACUUUGGUGAUGAUGGCAUCUUCCGCCAUGACCGUCUUCGCUUCUGGGACUUUGUAGAGUCCAUGGAGGACAGCCUGGAGGAGGCUGCAGUCAGAGAGACGGGUGAUGACGAUGAAGUCGAUGACUUUGAGGAUUUCAUCUUUGGCCAUUUCUUUGGGGACAAGGCACGGAGAAAGAGGUCUGGGAAGAAGAAGGACAAGUAUCAGAAGGGCCCCAGCAGCUCAGGGCCCAAGGAGGGGCCCAGACACUACCGGGAAGGCUGAGGAAGGGAGCUGGAGGGGCUCAGUGCCCAGGCUUUGUCCAUGGCCCACUACUCUGCCCAGCCACCUGAGACACUGGGGGGCCCUAGCCUCCUUUGGUUUUUAUUUAUCACUGCAUGUGUGUGGUGUAUUUGGGGAGGUCUGUGACACAAGUUGAGGGGUGUGGGGGCAUUAAAGUAGGGCCUCCCACUGACACUGGCAUUGCCUCCACUCCCAGGAUUAGGUAGGUUCAGUGUGGGGAUAUUGAGCAGGAGCAGAAAACAGAGCUCAAACCCCAGCUUGCUCAGGAGACACCACUUUAGCUUGAAAAUGCUCUGACACUGCUUAUGCUUAUUUAUGUAUGUAAAUACAGUUGGGCCCUCUUUACCCUCUCAGGUUCCUGGAUGGCUCUGGGGCCAAGGAGGUUGUGCCAAAGUGGGCUGUUCCUCUAUGUGUGAGGGUAUGUGUGUGUGAGGGUGUGUGUGUGUAGGAGGUGGGGUAUAGCACUGAGGGCACAGUGUGGGGGCUGAAAGGAGGAGCCAGUCCUGAGAUGAAGCUUCUUUGAUCAAAAGGCAGGAUAAACCCUCCCUUCACCCCUUUUUUGUGUAUAUGUGAAGGGGAUGGCAGCCGGGGCACCUAGAUGACUCCUGGGAAUACCCCUCACCCCUCUCCAGCCAUGGUUGGUUUGGUCAGUGUGGAAUGGCAUUUGUGGGGCCUGGGCCUGAGGCCUUGGUGUCAACUUAGAUUUGUCUGUAGGUGUAGAGUUGAGAGACUGACUCCCUUGCUUCCAGGCUUUUGACUUGGACACACAGUCAACACUGAACACAAUAAAGUGCCUUUGUUAGCAAUAUGUA